CGACAAACCAUUCCACUUCACAGUCUCUGUGAAGUGAGUUAUUUUAUAUUCCUUUUGAAUAAAAUUAAUUUUAGUAAAAUGGCCGACGAAGAACAAAUCCGUCAAAUCAUCGAAAGCUUCAAGUUGCUGUUCGAUCGGCCAAACGAACCUUUGAUUACUCCGAAGGGUGAUAAAAAAGCUCUGUUUCAGCUCACCGAAAAGCUUGUGCCUCCGGAGUAUUCAAACAAUGGCGUCGAAUUAAACGACCGUUUUGGUGAUGACGCCACCGAAAGGAUUCCGCUGAAGACCCUGGACAGAUACCCUCAGUUCACCGUCGCGUCGCAACUGCCAGCCGAUGCCGACUUCUCGCUGUUCCUUCCGAAACACCAGGAGAUGGCCACUGAGGUCAUCGACGCUCUUUUGGGUGUUCCUGAAAAUCAGUUGCAAGAUUUCCUGUCAACAUGUGUGUUUGCCAGAGGCAACCUGAACCCACAGCUGUUCAACUAUUGUUACUCAGUAGCAUUGAUGCAUCGUAAGGACACCAAGAAUGUGCCCAUACAGAACUUUGCUGAGACUUUCCCUUCAAAGUUCAUGGACUCGCAAGUUUUCCAACAAGCUCGUGAGACAGCAGCUGUCAUCCCCCAAAAUGUGCCACGUACUCCGAUUAUCAUCCCAAGAGACUACACUGCUACUGAUUUGGAAGAAGAGCAUCGUCUGGCCUAUUUCCGUGAAGAUAUUGGCGUUAACUUGCAUCAUUGGCAUUGGCAUCUUGUAUAUCCGUUCACCGCAUCCCAGAGAGCUAUCGUUGCUAAAGACCGUAGAGGCGAGCUGUUCUUCUACAUGCAUCAACAACUUAUUGCCCGCUACAACGGUGAGCGCCUCAACAACUCACUUAAGAGAGUCAAGAAGUUCAGCAACUGGAGGGAGCCAAUCCCUGAGGCUUACUUCCCCAAGCUGGACAGUCUUACAUCAUCCCGUGGUUGGCCCCCACGGCAGGCUAACAUGCAGUGGCAGGACUUGAACCGUCCCGUUGACGGACUCAACGUCACCAUUAACGACAUGGAAAGAUGGAGGAGGAACAUUGAGGAAGCCAUCUCUACCGGCACAGUGACUAACGCGGACGGCACGACCAGUCCCCUCGACAUCGACAUUCUGGGCAACAUGCUGGAAGCCAGCAUCCUGUCUCCCAACAGGGAGCUAUACGGCAGCAUUCACAACAACGGGCACAGCUUCUCUGCCUACAUUCAUGACCCCACUCACCGUUAUCUGGAAAGCUUCGGCGUCAUUGCUGACGAGGCAACAACCAUGCGUGAUCCCUUCUUCUUCCGCUGGCACGCGUGGAUCGAUGACAUCUGCCAGAAGCACAAGGAGUCUUCCUAUGUGCGCCCCUACACUCGCUCCGAGCUCGAGAACCCCGGCGUGUCAGUGACAUCGGUAUCAGUGGAGACACAAGGCGGCCAGCCCAACACUUUGAACACUUUCUGGAUGUCCAGUGAUGUGGACCUAUCUCGUGGCUUGGACUUCUCCGACCGUGGCCCCGUAUACGCCCGCUUCACUCAUCUUAACAACCGACCUUUCCGUUAUGUCAUCAAUGUUAACAACACUGGUAUGGCCCGCCGCACCACUGUUCGUAUCUUCAUCGCGCCCAAGUUUGACGAACGUAACUUAGCCUGGGCCCUCUCCGAUCACCGCAAGAUGUUCAUUGAGAUGGACAGAUUCGUGGUACCAUUAAACGCCGGCCAGAACACCAUCACACGUUUAUCAACCGAAUCUUCUGUGACGAUUCCGUUCGAGCAGACGUUCCGUGACCUCUCUGUUCAGAGCAACGACCCUCGCCGCCCCAACUUGGCCGAGUUCAACUUCUGCGGUUGCGGCUGGCCCCAGCACAUGCUGGUCCCCAAGGGUACCGAGGCGGGCGCCGCCUACCAGUUGUUCGUUAUGCUUUCGAACUACGAUCUUGACAGCGUGGAACAACCUGACGGCUCACAGUUGAGCUGCGUCGAAGCAUCCAGUUUCUGCGGUCUGAAGGACAGAAAGUACCCCGACCGUCGUGCUAUGGGCUUCCCCUUCGACAGGCCUUCAAGCACAGCCACUAACAUUGAAGAUUUCAUCCUGCCCAACAUGGGACUUCAAGACAUUACCAUCAGGCUGUCAAACACGACUGAACCAAACCCAAGGAACCCAAGAACCAACUAAAGAACGAUAAUUAUUAACUAAUUGGCAACUUACAAAAGGAAAAUGAAUAAAUAUAGGUAGUAAUAGCAUAAAAAAAUAAAAGGCUGAUAUUUAAGUUGAUAGAGCUAAGUGUAAAUACUGUACAUAAAAUUAGGAAAUCAUUUCUAUUAAUUUAAGACCCGUUUACCUACUAGUUUUAUUUAUAAGAUUACAUAAAAUAUAUUCAUAGCAAAAAUA